AUGUCUGAACAUCACACUGCUAAGAUUUCAGAUGAUUUAGGACUUUUUAUUCCAGUAAAGCCAAUAGAUGCACCCUUGGAUGUGAAUGAAAAAUUUAUUAGAUCGUCUCCCUACUACGAACAAGAUCAUCUCUUAGAUCUUGACAAAUUGGAAGUAGGAUACAAGGCUCUAGCAUUAGCUUUACAAUCUUUCGAAGCUAGAAGUGAAAAGGAUUAUGCGUUUGCAGCCUACAAAGAGGCUUUUAAUAUUGAAAGCAUUAUACUAAGAGCUAGAGAGUAUGCAGCAGCUCUUGGUGCUGAAGAAUUCCCUGAGAUCAAAGUUUAUAUAAUUGCAUUUAGGUCCAUUUUACAUCUCGAAGUUCAAGAGUCUGCUGAAAAGAGAAAAAAGUUAGCGGAAAUAGAUAAAGAUUCCCAUGCUGAAGCCAACUUAUCAGGAGGGCUCUUGAAAUAUUGGUUUGGAACUCCCGACGAUGUUCAUGCUAAAAACUUAGCUACAUGCUGGUGGAGAAAUGGAAAAGAUGCAAAGGCAGGUGGAGGUGGUCCAGCUCAUAGACAAGGAAUGAGAUUGGUUAAGGGCUGGUUCAAACAUUGGCAAGUAGAAGAAUACGAAUUAUUGAUAACCAAGGACGAACAUAACUUUGGUCCAUUGAAGAAGAUUUUAGAGAAAAAAUAG